AUGGCCUACGUCCCUCGCCUCCCUUUUGCCCGCCUCAUCUCUCUCACACACCUCUCCUCUGCCGCUCCACUCCCCUCGAGGGCACAUCUCACACACGCAGUGCCCGUGCCUUCGUUGUUUGAGCGCCACCCUUUCUCUGUCGCCUUCUCGCCGCGUGUGUCUCUGUUCAACCGCCUGAGGGGGAGAGACACACGAAAAAGCGAGAGAGUGGAGCACGAGCGCCACCGCUGGCUGUCAGUCCUACAAACCACGCACAGAGUACGAAGGCUCCAAGGCCUCAGGCUCGCUCCUACACCCACCCACCCACCCUCCCUCCCCCUCCCCUCCCUCUCCAACUCCAGCCUGGUGGAUACCACUCGCGCGUCGCUCUUCCUCCUCCUCCUCCUCCGCAACGCCAUGGCCUCAACACUGCCACAGGAAAAGAAGUGGAAGCCCACCAAGACCACGGCGGGAGCAGCGCCCCACCGCAGGGGUGGUGGCGGCGGCGGGAGUGGCUUAGGAGAUGGCGGCACUGGGCAGAUGCGCGAAGAUCCUCACCAUACAUGGAACCAGCAGCUCAUGGAAGCCUGUCUCGCCUGCGAUGCGGCAGUAGUGCGAAAGCUGAUCGAGUGCGGCGCCGACCCAGUCAAUGCACGCGAGGUGCCGCCCCCGAGCUACUACACUGGCCCCAUCAUUCAGCAGCUCCAGCGGCCAUCCUCAUCUGAGGCCGGGUGGCAAUCGGCACUGCCCGCCAUUGACCAGCGUCGUGAAGUCUCACCACUGCGGGAGCAGAGCUCGUGCAACAGCUCGUUGCCGACGCCUGUUGCAGCGGCAGCCCCAGACAGCCUCCCACCACUGGUGGCGAUGCUGCUCUCCGGUCUUAAUACGCCAGCUGCGCUGGAGGUGAUGAAGUUACUCAUUCAACACGGUGCAAGCGUCAACGACACCUUCUCGUUCUCCACAACUCCCCUCGCUGCUGCAGGGCCUGGCAUGGAUGCAAGCGAAGACGAGAGGGGUGGCGUCGCCGCUGGCGGAACGGUGGCGAACGGCAGCAGCGGACGCGGCAGAAGAAGCCGCUCCGUCAGCGCGGACUCGAAAGGCAAACCGCCUAGUGGAAAGUCGAGGGCGUCGGCGAUUGGCGCGCCCCCUACGGUGGCACCAGGUGCGGCUGCGUUCGCCGCCGUCGCCGGGGCAGGCGGUGCCGUCGUGAACCCGCCCGAGGCCCCAAAGCACGAGGAGCGCACCGUCGUUGGCUCGGUCUUGCACUACGUCGUCGCCCACUGCGACCACGCGCAGCUCAUGCGGCUGCUGCUCCUUGCCACCACCGCCAUCAACUUCGCCGCGGACACAUCGGCAACUUUGCCAUCGCUACCGCUGCACCUGCAGCAACAGAGGACGAUGGACGAGGCUGGUGGCGACGGCUCCCCAUCGUUGCUGCAGCCCUCGUUUCCCGCUCCGCUUCCAUACUCCCUCUUGCCAGCCGUGGAGGCGGAGACGCUCGUUGGGGCCAUGCGGCUGCUGCACCAGCAGCACUCCGGCGGCGCAGCAGACCCCGCCGGCCCGAACGGCUCGCCAUCUCUGGCAGUCACCCCAGGUACAUCGCAGCCGCGCAAGAGCCGAAACGCGAGCAACGCUGCUGCACUACUCCGCUCAACCGGCACCGCGGCAGCAGCGCCGCCAGCCACAGCACCCCCUUCAGCACAGGCAGGUGGCCCUAUGAGCGCCGCCAGCCUUGUGUCGCCAUCCGCAGCGGAGGCGGUGCUGACGGCUCUCCAUCAAGCCCUACUGCAGCGCCAGACGAGCACUGGCGGCUACCGCGGCCUACCGAUCCUCAUGAGCGUGUACCCGCAACAACAGCAGAAGAAGGAGGAAGGCCACGCCGACGCCGCCGACGCGGCGGCCACAGACAGCGCCGCCACAGCAGGCGUCGUGUCACCGGCUGUCGCUGCCGCGGCCACUCCACACAACUGGUGGAGUCUGACCAGCCUGUGCGAUGUCACGGGUUCGGUCUCUGCUGACGACCUUCACCAGCGCACGCAUCUCAACCUCGAUCUUCUCGACACGUGUGGCCGCUCGGCCGCGACGAUCGCCCUCGAGCGUGGCGACGCGGUCUCGGUGCGCCUCCUCUCCUUCUUUGGUGCGCAUGUGCCCUUUGGUGGGCCGGUAAACGCCUCACAGACACGCCUAGCGCGCGCCUGCAGCAACGGCGAUGUCGCCCGCGUUGAGGCUCUGCUCCGCCAGGGCGACACCAUCACGCAGCUCUCGGCGGAUGGCCGCUACACGCUUGUGCACUACGCCGCUGCGCAGCCAAGCGUCCUGCAGGUGUUGGGGGAACAUGGGCUGUCGAUGGACUUCGAGAACUCCUUUGGAGAGUCGGCGCUGGUGUCACUGCUGCGGCAUGGCACGGCGCGGAACGACCCGCGGUACGUGCAGACCCUGCUGGCCCUCGCCGCUGCCGUGCGCAGUGCUUCGACAGAUGGGGCGAUGAACACCGCGACGACGAACCUUGUGAACAGCAUGAGCAGCACCACCUCAGCCAACGCUGUCCACUUUGCACAGCUAUCAGGGGCAAUGCAGCGCAACAUGAUCCUGUGCCCACCGGUGCCAUUGGCCGCGCUCACCAGUGCAGGCGGCGCAACGUCGGGCGCGGCGGCAGCGCAUCUCCGCGUCGUAAGCAACAGCAUGAGUCACGGCUCGGCCGCGCAAUCGGCGAACACCAACAGCGGCGGCAGCAACGUGGCGUGUCAGCCCUUCUUGGGAGGUUGCGAGGUCGGUACGUGGUGGUCAUUCCUGCCACAGACAGCGACGACGGCCGACGUGCUGGACACGCUGCUGCGUGCGGGUGCAGUGGUGCAGGGCUUUGUGCCGGACGAGGAGCUGGACUUGCCCUACGUCCUGUUCGCGGAGUGGCAGGCGUCCAUCGGCGCAGGGGGCGGCGGUGGCGGCGGGUCCGCGUCAACGGCCAACGGGGACGACGAGGCCGAGGACGACGGGGCCGGCGACGGCGGCAUGGACGGAAGCGGCGAUGCACACGGCGAGGACGACUACCGGAGUGACGACGAGGACAGCAGUGGGGCUGACGCCGGCUCCAAUAAGGUGAGCCGCAGGUCACUUUCCGUCUCUGCGGCUACGGUCACGCCAGCCUCGGUGCGACGUGAUUGUAGUAAGCGACGGCAGCAGCGUCUCGCUCCGGUGCCGGCACGACUGCCGAUGCGCCUCACUCCCCUUCAACACGCUAUCUUCGACUACCACCCGGAACUGAUUCGCCGGCUGCUGGUCGACUACCGCGUUGACCCCAUGCACCGCGACUCGCAAGGUGCGACAGCGGUGCACUAUGCUGUCCUCUGUACACACGCACAAUCGGUGCUGGAGCUGCUGCUCUCACCACAGGUGCUGGUGUCGAGCAGCAUCGGCAACAACAAGGGCCGCCUGAGCAACAACACGGGUCCUGAUGCGUUCACCGCCGCUGCAACAGCUCUUCCUGCUACCCACAUCGAUCUCAACGCCAUUGACAUGGCGGGCCGCACACCGCUCUUCUACGCCGCCUACGUUGGCAACACGACAGCGGUGCAGCGCCUAAUACGCUUCGGCGGCGCAACACUGCUGUGCGGUAAGGCAGACAAGGACGGAUACACGCCGCUGCACAUCGCGGUUCGGCAGCGGCACGCUGACAUUGUGGAGCUGCUCGUCCGUCACUCGAACCAGUUGUUGGGCAGCGCCGCAGGAGGAGGGCGUGGGCAGCCGAGGGAUAUCUUCGCGGAGCUGCUCGCCAGCACCAACGGUGGGGGUGGUUCCACCGGACGCUCGUUGCGCGGCGGAACGCGCCGCGGCUCGCACCUCAGCCCCACCACCAGCUCCCACGGAGCGGGCGGGUCUUCGUCGGCGGAUCCCGCGGGUAUCGCCAAGCUGGAGCUACUUGUGAAUGUGGAGGCGGAAGAAAGCGCCACGCACAUGACGGCACUGGAGAUGGCGAUCAAAGCGUGGCAGCCAACCUCCUCGGCCUCCCUGUCAGAGGCGGAGGAACUGCAGAAAGGGCAGCUCCUGCGCAUCGCCUCGGUGCUACUAGCCGAAGCGCAGGCGAGCCCGCUACGACCGAGCGGACUGGCCAACGGCGGUGCGCUGCUGCACCGCGCUGUUGCUGACGGGGCGGUGGAAAUGGUGGAGUUACUUCUGUCGCACUACGCGGACCCCAACGAAGCCAAUGAUGUGAAUGAGACCCCGCUGUUUCUCGCUCUCCGACUCGCCGCCCCUCGCGUGAGCUCAGCAGAGCAGGCGCAGCAGCACCGCCACCGUCGCACCUCCCUUGUUCGGGUGCUCCUGCAGUACGGCGCCACCCCCUACGCGCAGAGCAGCGCCAAUUUACAGACACCAAUGCAUCUCGCGGCGAGUAGCCUGGGCGACGCUGACGAGAUUCUUCAACUCCUCUUCUACUCGACCCCCGAGGCCGGCGGCAGCAGCGUUGCAGCACGCAGGCGGCGGCAUGAACAGCAGAGACACCACCGAGCACCAUCCAACGCGGCGAACGGUACGGACGGGACCUCACGAGGAGAGAGCUAUUCCCUGGGGGGUGGCGGCGGGGGCAUGGAAGGCAGCAGUAGUGCCAGGAGACGCCACAGCGGCAGCGGCGUCGGGUCCAUCGCCGGACGCAAGGGCCUCCUCGAGCGACGCGCACAGCAGCGCCGCGCCUCGCCGUCUUCGUCAUUGCCAGGCAGGGCUGCGAACGCAUCCCCAGCGUCUCGCCGCAAGCAGUGGAGAGCUGCCGCCUUGUCAGGCAACGAGCACAGCGAAGGUCUCGCUGACUUGGAUGGACUUGCCGAUGACCAAGCGUCUCUAGCGAACAGCAGCUUUGGCUACCGCGACGCUCGCAAUAGUAGCGUUACCAGCGUGGAGCAGGGGAAUUCAGACCAGAGUCUAAGGGGCACAGUGGGAGUGCUCGCGCCUGCUACCCGCGGUGGCGCCGAUGAGGAUGUGCCGCAGGAGGAAUACGAGCAAUUCCUCCAGCGACUGGCGCAGUGGCAGUGCGCGGACCACUUACUGGAGCCAGAGAAAUGCUGGUUACUGACGGAUGCGCAGGGGCAGACGCCACUGCACGUCCUCUGCAGUCGUUCCUCACGCGCCCUUCAGUACAGCCCGGCUGUGGUGAAGCUUCUCGACGACCUGCAAGCCGUGACGCGCACAAACUCAGUAAUUACUGCUGCAGCUGCUGGUGUCUUCGACGGCGUGCUUGACGACGAUCAUGUACUCGCGUUGUGCUGGCGACUUCCCGAUGCGCAUGGCCGCACGCCGCUGCACAUUGCGGCGCAGAGCGGCUUCGUGGAAGCGAUAGAGCGUAUUCUACAGCAGGCUCCGCGAAGCGCUCUCGCUGUGGAUAUGCAAGGCCGGACGCCGCUGCACGCAUGUGUGUUGAUGGCCUCCUCGACAACCACUCCAACAGCCGUCACUGCAGGCGCAUCGAGCGACGACGACGACGACGUCGGCGAUGACCACAUCACGCAGCACAAGGCAUCGAAGGAAGACGUGGCGGAGCGCGCUACGCAACUGCGCCACACGUUGUCACUGCUACGUGGUGUGAUUACCGCCGACAACAACGCGGCGGCUGGGGCGACAAAGCUGCCGCUGCAGCUGCAGGGAGCGCCGUUGCGUCGCGCCGCUGGCGAUAUCAUGCCGUCACUCUCGAUGAAGACGACCACGACAAGGUGCACCACCGGCGGGAACGCCGCAGCAUCACACUCCUCCGCUCAGCGCGUGGUCGCCUCGCUGGUGCAGCCGUCGUCCAUAACGGCUCAGCUGCAGCGCUGGCAGCAGUCACGUCACUGGGGAUGUCCUGCCCUCGCGAUGAAGGGCAUCGGCACCGGCAUGAGCACAGCGUCUAGGGACGGUUCGGCCGCCGCAGCAGCACCAGCCUCGCGCUACUUGCAGUCGAGCGGCGGUGCCUCAACCUUGUCAAGUGCCACAAGUGAGUGGAAGGCAUACGCGCAGCUGCCGGAUGGACAAGGGCGGACAGCGCUACUGCUGGCGGCGGAGGUCGGCAACGUCAGCGCUGCUCGAGAGCUCCUGAAGAUCCUGUAG